AUGUCACAAGAAACGCUAACAAUUCCAGUUGAAUUCUUGGUGGGUAAAAUCAGUAAAAAUCAAAGUCUAGUUUUCACCAAUAUAAUCAAUGAUCUUCGUGAAAAUCUACCACCAGCUAUGAAAUAUCAUUUUCAACAAUCUCAUGGUGUCGAUUGGGCUUAUCCAGUAAAUGAACCUGAACCAUGGAAUACAAUUACAAUUUUUCGAUUAUUGGAUCGUUUCUGGUUUACUACCUUCUCUGAUGUGUUUCAAAACUCUCGUACGAUGAACGAGAUUAUUAUUAACACGAAAGAGAUUCUUGGUAAAUGGUAUAACGAACCUAUAACUGUUCGUGAGCAACCAUAA